AUGGCAACCGCCGAAACCGUAGAUCUAGGCCCAUCCCACCCCCCAAAGGCCGAGUCCAUCGAACUCUUCAACAAGAUCCACGUAGACCUCAAGAAAGCACUCCAACACAAGCGUCACGAAACCAACAAACACGAACCCCAAUAUUUCCAAGCCGUAGCUAAUCUAAGCGAUCAGCAACUCACGAAUUUCUCCUCCGAUGACUUGAAGGAAGUCCGUGUCGCUACUGCAGCAUACGGGAAACACAUCUUCGGCAAAGUCCUAAUCCCAGAUUCAGACCCCACGCAUUCGUUCCCGGAGAAGCCAAGUGACGCAUACUUCAUGUUCCGGGCUUUCGCCCCAGGCGAUGCAGAUACGGCUACCCUUCACUCUAUUAGGAUGGAUCAGGAAGAGCGGCCGGAUGGAGAUAAAGUGUUCAAGGCUAUCUUUCAUCAGAACGAUCCGAUUGUGUGGUUUGAUAUUUGA